GCGACUGCGGCCGGCUUCCUGAUUUCCCCAGGUCAUAUUGAAGGCUGCGCAGUUCAAGUUCGUUGAUUGAUUUGGAAGGAAUCUAGCAGCACGAAUGCCUCUACAGGCAAAUAUGAAACAGUUCAUACAGAACCGGGAAGGCAGCAAUGCUCAAGCCAGCCUAGCGAAGCGUUCUUUGACACCACAACCCAAAGGCCACGGCGAACGAGGUGGACUCGGAGAGUCUCGAGACGAAGCGGGACGCAAACCAAGAGCGACGAGCCGUGAUGGCAAAGGCCUCAGCAAAGCGAAGCGUCAGGAGGCGGCCAUGAAGUUGAAGCUCCCAAUACCGAAUACCAUCAACAAGCGGCAAUCAGAUCAUCCAUAUGUCUCUGAGCAGGAUGUGGCCGAGGUUGCAUCCGCCAUUGCGCAGAAUCGAUCUUCCCGCACGGUGCCUAAUAUGCAGGCAGCUCGCCAGCCUGGUGUUGUAUCGGCCUUUGAUGACACGCAAAGCAUCCAUUUUGACGACUCGACAAGCAUAGCAGAAGACCACCAAGAUGCGUCAAUGAUCCCGCAUUUCCAUGCCCGCAAUUCACCCGCUCCUCUCAGGUCCAGCACUAUGCAGCAGCCGCCGCCUCGACGCCACGAAGAACAUCCACCUCCUGGGCCUGUCAUUCUUGACGAACGCGAGGCCUUCCCCGGCGACUGGCGGGCGGAGGCAGAUGCUGAACGACAGAGACAUGGAGAGCCCCCUCAAUAUAACACACGAUAUCACAAUGACACAGGCCAUAUUGUUGAAGAGUACAUGUACCAAGAAGAAGACGAGGGCUACGACCCAGAUGGUGACUACGCUGAACCUUCUUGGGAAAACACACCGUCCCGGACCCGAAUUGUGCCUGCCGAGUCCAGGACUAUCGUGAGCAACUUGAAGAAGAGCAACAAUGUCAAGAGUGCUGCUGUCCGGCACGCCCUUCAGGAAGAACCACUCAGCCCUCCUCUGCCCGUCAAGCGGAACCCUUUGACUGAAAUCACCAGCCAUAACGACAGUGUCGAGCCUCAUCCACUCCAUCACAACAAUGUCAACCGGUUCAAGAUCGGAGGCAAGAUCCCUUCUUCUGAGGAAACCGGUGGUGCUGGUGGACACAUGGGCAAUCUGCCCAAAGAACCUCUUGCUCCUACCACUACAUCAUCCCUCCCUGUAGCCAGCACAUCCAACAUACCCCAGCCGGCAUUUUCUUCCAAAGUGUCAUCAUACCACGAAUCAUCAUCAUCUGAAGAAGACCAAGCGGCGGAGGAGCCGCCAGAGCCCAGUGUCAACACAGACAACGUCGCGCCAUUGUCAUCCAAUGCCGCCGCAGCGCUCAAACGACCUUAUCCAUACCAAGAGCACGAACUGGACUUCAGCCCUGAGAUUCUUAGUCAAAAAACCAUCGCCGAACUCGACGCCAUCCCCUUCACGACAGACCCAUCAGCGCCUCCGCCCGAAUCUGCUCUCGACGCAAACGGCAACCCGAUGACUCUCUCGGCCAAACUGACGAACUUAAACAAGAUGCGACCCGAGGCCCAGCGGCAACUGUUUAGAUCUCAAACGGACGAUGAGCGCGAACAGACAGCCGCCUGGUUUCUCGACAAGUUCCAACAGGACAUGCAGAAAUUGAUGGCUGUGAGGCUAGAGCGCAGAAAAAUAGCCCUCCGCUUCGAACUCGAGGUCAAGAAGCGUGAAAGGAGAGUUCAGGUCAAGAAGAACGAUGUUGAUCGUGACUUGGAGGGACUCAGAAAGGGUGGUGUCGAGUUGAUUAGUGGCAGGCAUACACCUGCUAAAUGAAGGUCUUCAGUUGCGACAGGACUACAUUACCGUCGAGCGGAGACCAUUUGGGAGGUGCCGUCCAAGACCAAACGUGUCAUGAUGCUACGAAAAGAAAAAGUUUGCCUGUUUAUUAUUCAAAGAUACCCCGAUAUAGUAAUUAUUACUUUGUACUUUGCCAUUGAGGAAGUUUUAGUUGACCCGAGAAAGGGCGAAGGCUAUCCAGCGGAUCUUUUAGAAGACACUCAGAAUCAAGUGUCGUCUACUAGUCGUGACGGAUGCGCCGCAAGGCUCCCAGGAAAAGGCGAAAAAGGAGGCUGUAAAGAGCACAAAAUCGAAAUUCUGUUAUUGCGCUCUAUUAGGCGCAUUGCGAC